GGCUACCAAAGACAAAACCCAUAUGUUAGACAAGACGACCAUGCGUACGAAAUGGCUGACGUGCGGGAUAGCUCAACAAACCUGACUUCGGGAGGCGACAGCAUGUCAGAUUUUUAUGCCGAGAUUUCAUCCAUUCAAGACACUAUCAAGACUUUCAACGCCAACGUUUCUCGCAUUGACGAGUUGCACUCUCGUUCACUGAACAACACAGAUGAUGCUGCUGCGCAACGCAACGCUUCUCAGCUAGAAGAGCUCGUGGAGGAUACCAGUGCUCUGAGUGCAACACUCAAGCGCCGUGUAAAGGAUUUGGAGAGGCAGGGAGGCAGCGGACGUGAUGGCCAGAUCCGCAAACAACAAACGGCUCUCGUCAAGUCGAAGUUCGUUGAUGCCAUCCAAUCCUAUCAGACUGUUGAGCAACAGUAUCGCCAAAAGUACAAGCAGCGAAUGGAGAGACAGUUCAAGAUUGUUAAGCCAGACGCUACGCCUGAAGAAGUUCGGGCCGUUGUGAAUGACGAGAAUGGGGGGCAAAUAUUCAGCCAAGCUUUGAUGAACUCUAGCCGAUAUGGCGAAUCAAGGGCAGCAUACCGGGAGGUGCAGGAGCGACACCAGGACAUCAAGCGCAUUGAGCAGACCAUUGCAGAACUUGCUCAGCUUUUCAACGAUAUGAGUAUGUUGGUAGAACAACAAGACGAAACUAUCAACACGAUUCAGGCAGCAGCAGAAAUCGUCGAGAAAGACACGGAGGCUGGCCUUCAACACACGGGAAAAGCUGUCAACUCUGCUCGCUCAGCCCGUAAAAAGCGAUGGAUCUGCUUCUUCCUGUUACUUCUCAUCAUCGCAAUCAUUGCCAUUAUCGUCGUCGUCGUUGUUAAGCAAAGUAGUGGCAAGUAA